ACACACUGUGACCAGCAUCCAGACAGUCAGACAGGCAGGCUGCCUCCUCACUACGACCAUCGCAGCUACAGCAGCGGCUCAUGCCUCCACCUGCACCGGUAUAAACACCCGUCCGUCCCUCCAUCCAUCCAUCCACACCUCUGAUUCUCCACCCGCUCUGUGCAGCAGCUGCAGCCGUGGAGCUGGAAGCCUGAAGCGUCCGGGAGAAGAUGCUGGAAAACGGCAGGAAGGUGUUCAAAGAGGGUCUGCUGGAGAAGAGGAGCGACGGGCUGCUGCAGCUCUGGAAGAAGAAGCACUGCGUCCUGACCGAGGACGGCGUGCUGCUGCUGCCGCCCAAACAGCACGACCCCCCGCAGCACCACCACCACCACGGGGACGCGGGCAAAGUCAAGGAGCUGCACUUCGCCAACAUGAAGACGGUGGACUGCGUGGAGCGGAAGGGAAAGUACGUGUACUUCACGGUGGUCAUGACGGAGGGGAAGGAGAUCGACUUCAGGUGCCCGCAGGACGAGGGCUGGAACGCGGAGAUCACCUUGCAGAUGGUCCAGUACAAGAACCGGCAGGCGAUCCUGGCCGUCAAGUCCACCCGGCAGAAGCAGCAGCUGCUCGUGGUGCAGAUGCCCGGGCAGAAGACGGUCCGCAGCGCGCCGAACGUUGCGUGACCUGCGGCGAGUCCCGCGGACGUUGGUGCGCCAUUAGCGGUAAGACAGCACGAGAGAAAGCGUGAUUGAGGAGGGGGUCCCCAGGUCCGGGGACCACCUGGGGAUCCCCUCGCAUAUUAAAGGACCCGUGUUUUUUUUUUUCUCUGGUUUUGUUUUAACCCCCCUGGAUAUUUGCGCCCUAAAAGAGGACGUCUGUUUCCACCAUCACGUUCAGUCAAACCCUGAGUGAUUCUUCUUCUUCUACCUGAAGGGACAAAAUGUGGAUUUAUCCUGAAAAAAAAACAGAAAAGUUUGGGACCCUGCCUCUGUGUGUGUCCCCCCCACUCAUGGAGGUGAAAUCAUACCGGAUAUAUCCAUCCUCAGGCAGGUUUGACAUUUCCACACGGAGGGCUCCCCCCUCAUCAAAAAUAGAUGCACAGAGAUUGGCAGAUGUAGAAUAACUACGACUGGUUAGAAAAUGUGAUAAUUUUUGCAAUAAUUUUUAACAAAUGGAAACAAUUUUCUCAUAUAAUCCAUUUGGAGUCACAGUAAAUAAACACAAAAGGGAAAAAUACGCAUGAAGGACUGACACAAUGAGCACCAAAAUACAUUAUAUCCCUGGAAAUAAUAACUUCAUUUGUAUAGCACUUUUAACAACAGAAGUUACAAAGUGCUUUGAUAUAUAGUUAUAGAGCACACAGAUGAAAACAAAAAGCUCAUUUAAAACAGAAUUAAAGGCCAUUUUCAUGUCAUACAAGAACCUAAAAUGAGACCAUGAGGACCAAAAUAAAAAUAGUUAAGAAAGAAAGGGUCGAAAGCAGAGACAGGAUAGUAAAUAUAAAAGACAAUAUCAACAAUGAUAAUAAUAGUAAUGAUAAAAUAGAGCAAACAAUAAAAGGUGUAAAGGGUUAAUUAAGAAAAGAGUACAAGUAGUACAAAAGCUAAAAGACAGUAAAGCAGAAAUAAAAGAUAAGAUAAAUCAGAUUAUUUUCAUUUUUUCCACAAAUAUCUCCAAAAUCAAACCCGAUCCUGUCAUCUGUGCUCCAGCCCAGAGUGGUUUAUCACUCAGACGUGUGUAAGUCAGUGAAAUCCGCUGCUUUGUGUACAUUUGGACGACAGAUUUCAGUGCACAUGGCUCUCUGUGGCACGUGUUGAUUUGUUUUCACGCUGAAAACCCAGAUAUAGGACAAAGAGCUGAUGAUUCAUUACAAUACAACUCAGUGUUUGUGGAACAAAAAGAGGAUGAGCGUCCAAAUCUGGUGGAAACACAACAGGAACACGGAAUAUGACUGUUACUCUAAGAAGCACAAAUUUAAGGUUCAAACUUGGAGAAGGAAUGGCUUUGUCUUUCAUUUCAUUUAUCUGAUUUUAUGCUUGGAAACUAUUUUAAGAUCAUAAAAGUUUAAUUUUACCCUCAAACUUUUAAUUUAAAGCUCCUGUGAGGACUUUUUGAGAAGCUGAAGUUAAUGCAUCAUUUUCACUUCUGCAUGUGCAGGGACGAGAGGGACAACUGGGAACACAUUUAUUCCUCUGAAUCUCCUUAUUAGCUGAUUAACCUGCAAAAAUCUUCAGUUUUUUAACAAUGUACGUCCAGAAUCUGCUCCAAAAUGUCCAAAUUUGAACUUUAGCUUAGUUAGCAUCGUAGCUAACAGACUGCAAACUAGCUAACGGGCGGUUUCUUACUAUGUAAAUGUUUACGUUGACUGCGCACUGAGGUUUUAUGAUAAAUAAGUAAAUUUGUAUCAUGUUUUAACACAUCCUAUAUCCGGCCAGUGCUGCCCACUGAGCAUUUUUUGGUCUAAAAGAGGUCUAACAGACGUCUAAAUGUAGCCUAGACGACUGGUCUAAAAUCAGGCUACCACAGGUCUAAAAAUUAAAGUUUGUAGACGUCUAAAUUUAGACUAAGUUUAGACUAGCCGGCUAACAGAGGUAAACACUGUAUAUUGCUUAACGGCUAUUAUGAUUAUUUUGGUUAAGUAUUUGGAGAUCGGAAAUAAUCGGUCAAAGUGCAACGUCUAAAUUCUGUCCAAAAAUAUACAGAAUCUAGACGGUUGAAGUUAGGUUUAAAAAAAAAAACUAGACGUCUAAUAGGCGUCUGUUGCUCAGUGGGUAUUCUACUAAAGUGCAGUUUUAUUGGUUAUACAUCCCAAUUAUUUCCAUCAGUUUGAGAGUCCAAAUUAGACAUUUAUUGAUUAUGCUCACAUUUAAGCCGAAACAAGACGUUAUAUUGGUACAUUUAUCUCUCUAUGAAGCUUCCACCGCAGUACAGGCACCAAAUGAGAAGAUUAAAAGCACUAGAAGGUUCUUCUCUUGACAUUUUACUCUGCGAAUGUCCAAGAUGAGAAAGCAGGAUGAGAGUUUGCGUCAGAAAUAAAAAUUUUACAACAUAUAGGACAAAAUCAGCCAAGGUCAGACUUUUAAAGGUACAAUUUUUCCUAAUGGCAAGGUGGAAGACAGCGCUGUCACAGAUGUCUGUCCUGCACUCCAGUUGAAUUUGGGGAAAUGACUCAAGUCUAAAUAUUUUGCGUAACUGUUACCUUUCUGCUUGUGUUAGAUUGCACAGGCUGAUGGAUUGAAAGGCUCUUCUAGUAUUCCUAAUGUCGCCAUCAUUGGGCUUGUUGCCAUGGAGAUUCCAGAUACUAUCUGCUGUUUUGCACAGACCCCCCCAAAAUACCCUGAAGCUGGGGGUAAGGUCCCUUUGUGAGUGGAUGCACUCUGCCAACCCAAAUUUCUAACCUGCCUGAAAUUCAUCCAGCUGGUGUGGAUCAGCUGAUCGCGUCUCGAACCCGUAAAAUUAGCCCUAAAUUGUGUCCAAAUCGGCCUCAGUUAGCGUAAUAAUGUGCAACACAAAUAGAAAAUUCCUCACAGGAGCUUUAACUCUCCAGUCUCUGGUCAGAUGUCUUUGUUUCUGUGACUGAGCUGUGUCCGGGGUUUGACUCUGUUGAAAUGAAAUGAAGUGAGCAGCCUGAGGAGGUCCCUGUAAUGACUGACCGUGUUUCUACUGACUCAGAUUACCUUUGCCUUCAGUGUCGGGCCCAUCAGUCUGCAGCCUGUCUAAUUGAUUGCAUCCGCAGGUUAAUUGGACACUCAGCUGGAGGACGAAUAUCGAGCCGGGCUGAACCUCCUCCUCCACCACCUCCACCUCCUCUCUUCAGGAGCCUCCCCUCUUCCAUGUAGUGGUUUCCACUGACCAGCGCCCCCUUCCUCCUUUUUCAAUACAGAGACUUCUUUCACAAAGACUGAUGGACUAAAAGCAUGUGAGAAAACACCUGUAUGCUACCGUGCGAUGGGUUUAUCGCUUAUUUAUUAUACCUGUACAUACAUUUUCUAAAAUCUCAAAUGUUGAAUUGUUGGUGAAUGUUCAGUGUGGUUGUUGCUCGAGUGGAACAGGAAACACUCAUGUGGAGGUUGUUUGUUGAAGAGCUUGCAGACAGUAUCGUUAUCUGAGGAUGAAUUCUUGUCAGUCAGAUCAUGUGAAACGUCUCAUCGUCCAUAUUUUCAUUUUCAGACUGAACCAAAGACUCAUUUCCCGACGCUUUGACCCACUGCAGUGUUACGGCUCAGAUUAUAAAACUGUACAGAUCGACAGUAUGAUGAGUUACCUGCAUGAUCUCUGCUCUGUUUGAUCAUUGCGCUUAUUAAUAGCUGCGGCGCUUCUGUCAUUGUGAUCAUCGAUGAUUUUCUGUUUGAUUUUCUUUGGUUGUGAUCGCUGUGAGCUAUCUACUUCUUUCUUAUAAGUCUUAAAUCUUAGCGAGAGACCUUCGUGUUACCGACUGUUUGAUUUCAGCUGCUAUUUCUCAAAUAGGCAUAUUACGAUUAUUGACUAGAGUUAAAGAUGGACGACCUGCAUCCACUUUCUCCAAACAUUGAAAGGUGAAGCCAAAAUACCCCCACAACUGGUGCCGAUAUCUUGCGUAUUUGACGUCAGAAUCUGUCAGAGAACCCAUGUCUCAUCUGUUUCCAUGGAGGGGACGGGCUUUAAAACCUUCAGCCAUGUCAGUUUUGUUGAGCUGUCAUCGUCGAGCCAUCGUUUUAAACAGUCAAUGAUUAGAACAUUUAUUGUUAGGUGGCGGCCUCUAGUGGUUUUAUCAGUAAUGACAGGAGCCAAUCAAGACAAGAAGGCGAGGAAGCGUUACCCGCUGUAGGUACCAGAUGUGUUCGGGUUGCCAGAUCGGCUCGGGGCCACGCGCUUGUUGAUGACCUCACGCUAUAUGAUUGGCUGGAGGUUGUUUCACAUGACAUACGGACGUAGAAUUUUACGAAGCAAUCUAUCGCUACUUAUCCAAGCAGAUUUACGACAGCUGGACUAGCGCCUCUUUUAGGUCGCCAAAAGAAAUGGGGAAUAAAAACAAAACUAUCUAUUGAUAAACGGAGAUUCUGCGUGAAUCUUAUUUCCUUUAGAAAAGUUAACAAACACAAUUAAAAACAAUUCUCUGUAUUAUAUGGAGAGAAAGUUUGGAGGUCAAUUGAAUGAACAAGCAGAAGUAAAGAAAACGUCGUAGUUGCCGUAGUGUGGCGUCUUGAACAGGCGCUGGACCCCGAGCCGAUCUGGUACCUACACCCAAACGCCAACACGAGCCCUGGGUAACAUCUCUUUUUUCCCCCCAUAAGAAUUGACUUUUGACCUCACCAGUCACAUUAACCCGUUUGACGCCAGGUCGUGGUCAUUUUCAGUUUCAUACGGACGUAUUUGUUGUUUUGAGGCGUCAUUGGCAGUCGACUGAAUCCAGCAUUUCAGUCGGUCAGUAUGUUCACAUGAACCGACAAGUCAAGUUAUUAUAACGGAUCUGGACCUACAUGAGAUCCAGAGAAAACCAAUCUCAGUUGCGGUUCCAGGACUUCUUGGACUUCUGCCUUUGCCGUUUUAAAAUCUCCUGAAAAUCUGAGCUGCUUCUCUGGCGAUCUGAGGAUGAGGUUAAACCUACGAGUUGGCGUGAUGAUUGUUGGCGGCUUUCUGUGAGCUCCAGAAGUUUGCAGACAGAUCCAGACGUACAUAAGCACAAAGCGAUGUGGAUCAUUUCUGUAGUCCACUUCGGUUUAGAUCUGCUUAAAGUUUGUCGUUUGAGAAUCAAGUUCAGAGCUGAAGAUGCAUUUUUUGUUAUUUUGCAAAAACACUUCUGUGGCGUUGUUUUGGCGAAGAGUAAAUUCAGGUUUCCCAUUUUUCUACGCUGAGGUGUGACAGACCUCGUGAGUAUUUUGGCCUCUGUUGCAGCUCCAAAUUUGAGGAAGUGUCAGAAAAAAUUACGUCUCUUUCACCCUGAUACGUCAGAAGAAUCCCUCGUACAAAGAAGCGACUGAACUGUGCGAUUGCUGCGAAACAUCUAAAGGUUCAGAAACAGCCUCGGCAUUGUGGCGUUCGUUAUGAGGGAUGUCUCGCUGUCUGAAAACAUUUUAUUCCUCUCUGGUUCACGCUGUUUCUCGUUGUCUGGAAGUGCUUCUCGCUCUUUUCCUCCUGCCAGUGUAUCGCAGCCAUCCAACACAUGCCUCAGUGUUGUUGUCAUCUCCCACACAGGGUAAUAGCUGUGCCCUUUAUCUAAUGCGACUGGUGUGAUGCUUCUCUGACAUGCCUGCCUGUUGCCAUCAUUACACACACAGUUAUAGCUCUGCCCUUGUCCAAUUUCUUAUUUCAACGUGAGAUCUAUUUUCAUACCUUGAAAAGAUACAUUCCAUUAAAAAAAGGAAAACAAAAACA